AUGGACAUGUUCGGCGCCAUGAUACGGUCGUCUACGAUUGAUAUUCCACAAAAACUGAGAUGGAUGACCGAAUGGUCCGAAAGUUAUUGCAAACAGUUGGAAAAAAACUAUUGGCUUCUGAAAGGUUUUUGCCAGGUAUGCAAAAAACAUAAAGAAAAAGUAAAAAACAAAGAUGCAGAAAAAGCAGCAUGUACUUUUUGUUCAAAAAGUUGCGAAGUAUAUAAAGAUCAUGUUGAAAAAUGGAAAACUCAAUGGGAAGAACAAGAAAAAGAAUACAAUAAAUUAUACAAACCAAAUGGUGCUAGUAGUGGUGACCCAAUUAAAGAACAAGAAAAAGAUUUUAUGAAAACAGUAAAGGAUACAAACGGUAUUCCCCAUUGCACUGGUAAAAAUAGCGACAAUACCAAUUAUGAUACCCUUGGUAAUUAUGUGUCUUCUAUGGGAGGAAGUACUUAUUGUAAUGAUACAACACAACAGAAAUUUGAUAACACUAAUAGUAGUGACGAAAAAAGUGUAUUUAAGGAACAUCCAAAUAAAUAUGAUAAGGAGUGUGAAGAGGAUACGAAGCAGACACAACCUAAACCGCCACCUGGAGCACCAGGAUUUCUCCCACCUGCAUCGACAACCCCUGCUGCACAAAUAUGUGAGAAGGUGAAGGAUUGUAUUAAAGCUAAUGAGGAAAAAAGAAAAAGCCAGAACGGAGAUUGUAAUGAAAAAAAAGGAGAUUUUGAUUGGAAAUGUGAAGAAAGUGAGUUUAAAUCUGGUGAAAAUGGAGCAUGUAUGCCACAUAGAAGACAAAAAUUAUGUAUUCAUUAUUUGAAAGAAUUGACUAAUGGUAGUGAAAGUGAAUUGAAAGAAGCUUUUAUUAAAUGUGCUGCUCUAGAAACAUAUUUUGCUUGGAAAAAAUAUAAAGAAGAUAAAAAAAAAGAGAAAUCUCCAACAGCAACCAACCUAGAUGAACAAUUAAAAAAUGGAAAUAUUCCUUCUGAUUUUUUACGUUCUAUUUUCUUUUCAUAUGCAGAUUAUAGGGAUUUAUGUUUAAAUAAAGAUAUAGGUAAAAAAAAUCCAAAUGAGGACGUAAAGAUGGCAGCAGAUAAUAUAACUAAAGUUUUUAAUAAUAAUGGUGGAGAGAGUGAAGAUAAACGUAAAAAUUGGUGGAAUGAAAACGGUCUAGAUAUUUUGCAAGGAAUGAUCUGCGCACUAUCAAAUACUGUAGGUGAUAGUGAAAAAGACGAGGUUCAGCAAAAACUUCUGAAAAAUCCAGAAUACAAGUACGAUCCUAACAAUUUAGAUAACAAAAUAGCUAGUUAUGUCCUCUAUACUCAUACAACUCCUCAGUUUUUACGUUGGUUUACGGAAUGGUCAGAAGAGUUUUGCGAUAAACAAAAAAAAGAGUUUGCAGAGUUGUUUAAAAAAUGUAAGAAAUGUAAUGUUAAAACUGGUAACCCAAAAACAUGUGAGAAAAAAGAUGACUGUACCGAGUGUAAAGCGCAAUGUCAAGAAUAUACAGAUUUUAUUAAUAAAUGGAAAUCUGAUUGGGAUCAACAAAACCAACAUUAUAAUAAGGUGAAAAAUGAAGAUCCAUAUGAUUCUGCUCCUUUUGUAGAUACGAAUAGCCACGCUUAUACAUAUUUAAAUGAAUCGUUAGAACUUCUUGGUUUGCACGAUAAUUGUAUGAAAACCCCGUCGACGACUGCCACACAAAAAAGUGGUGCCGCCACUGGUGGUGACAUGCCGCAAGCGUUAGAUGAUCCGCCUAGUGGUUUUAAGGAUAAAUGUAAGUGUGAGGAGGAUACGAAACCUAGUGGUGCCGGCCAGGAUAGUGGUACAUCACCUAGUGGGAAACCACAGGAUGGUAGUGGCCACAGUGUUCCGAAUCCACCGAAACCGAUGCCGGAUCCCAAUCCUAGUCAUCCGGGAUCAUCUAGUGGUAAUACGCCACCGUGUGACAUAGCGAAUAAUAUACUUAAGACUAAAGGUCGUGAUGGACAAGGUAGAAUAGCUGCGUGUGGAGAAAAAAAAUAUGAGUCCAAGAAUUGGGAUUGUACCAAUAAAAGCAUUGAUACAACAAAACAUGAUGGAGCGUGUAUGUCUCCUAGGAGACAAUCAUUAUGCAUAAAUAAUUUGAAAAAUUUGAAGGUUGAUAAAAAACUGGACGAUUUAAGAAAAGCACUGAUAGAAUGUACAUCAAUAGAAACAUAUUGGUUAUGGGAAAAAUAUAAAAAGGAUCACCCUAAUGAGGCCGACAAAUUAACAAGUGGAAAUAUUCCUGAAGGUUUUAAAAGACAAAUGUUCUAUACUGUUGGUGAUUUUAAAGAUUUAAUUUUCGAUACAGAUAUAUCUGCAAAAAAGGAUACAUCAAAUGAAGAAAAUGAUGUGGGUGCGGCAACAAAGUAUAUAAAAAAUAUUUUUGAUAAAAGUGGCCAAUCUGGUGGACAAAAAAUUGACCCAAAAGAUUGGUGGACAAACAUCGAAAAAGAGGUCUGGGAAGGGAUGUUAUGUGCUCUAUCAUACGAUGGUAGUAAGGUGGACACAACAAUGCGCGAUAAUCUCAAAGGUAAGUACCCAUAUGGUACCGUGACGUUCGAUAGUCCCACUAGUGGUAAAGCCACCAACCUCACCACGUUUGCGUCGCGUCCACAGUUCUUACGUUGGAUGACCGAAUGGUACGACGAUUAUUGUCAACAGAAACACACAAAAUUACAGGAAGUUGUGGGUACGUGUAAGCCACAAGGUGGUAAAGAACUCAAAUGUGAUAGUGACUGUGAAACUAAAUGUAAUGAUUACACAAAAUUUAUGGAGGACAAGAAAAAAGAGUGGGAUAAACAAAAAGAUUACUAUGGAAAACAAAAACCAACAAACCCUACCGAUUAUAAUGGUACAGAUGCAAAAGAUUACUUACAGAAAAAUUUUACUGUUACAUGUGGUGACAAACAACAACAAAGUGGUACUUCGAACAGUGUAGCAACAAAUAUAGAGUGGUUAACUAAGUCGUCACCACAAGUAUCGUCACAACCACAAACACCGUCGUCGUCGUCGUAUUAUGAUGCCGAUGUGUAUUGUGGGUGCAAGAAAUUUAUAGGAGACGACGCGGAUUAUAACACGAUUUCGGGACAAAAUAAUUGUAAAGGGUUAAAAAAAGAAGCAGAUGAGACAAACACAAAUUCAGGAAAGGGGAUUAGGUGGCAAAACAUUGAUGAUGAUGAAUAUAAGAAUAGUAAAUUAUCUCCAAAUGUGUAUAUUCCUCCUAGAAGACAAAGAAUAUGUUUUAAAGAUCUUGAUAAUAAAACUAAUGUGACAAACAAACAACAAUUGCGAGAACAAUUAAUGAAAGAUGCAGCUACAGAAGGAUAUAAUUUAGGAACAUAUUAUAAAGAAAAGGCUAACAAUGGUAGCUCAGAUAAGUAUAAAUAUGAUGUUGAAGCUUGUAAUGCUUUAAAAUAUAGUUUUCUUGAUUUAAGAGAUAUAAUUUUGGGAUAUGAUAACUUAGAACCACCAGAAAAUGGGACCGAAAAAAAUUUGCAAAAAAUAUUUAACAAUAAUGGAUCAUCUGGUGGUACAUCAGGUAGUCCGAAACGUAAAGAAUUUUGGAACAAUAACAAAGAUUGCGUAUGGAACGCUAUGCUUUGUGGAUAUAGAAAAGGUAGAGAUGAUGGACAUAGUGGUAAUACUUCUAAACCUAGUGAAAAAGACCUAGCAAAUUGUAAAGAUAAAAUGCCAAACGAUAGUGAAUAUCCCCUUGGAAAAAAUAGAGAUGAAGGCAAAGAAUAUCAGUUUCUUCGUUGGUUUCAAGAGUGGAGUGAAGAUUUUUGUGUGAAACAGAAGAAAGAGUUGGCCACUUUGCAAAAUAAGUGUAGUGGUUGUAAACCCACUAGUGGAAAAUGUGGGAACGGAUGUACCGAUUGCCACGCACAAUGUCAAACAUAUCAAGAUUUUAUUAAACUAUGGAAACCUCAAUAUGAAAAACAAAGCAAAAAAUUCACAACAGAUAAAUCUACAUAUAAACAAGAUACCGUGGCAAACCAAUCAACCCAUGCCUAUGAAUACUUACACGCGAAAAUAAAAGAUUUGACAUGUUCAACUAGUGCAAAUAGUGGUAAAAACUGCGAUUGCAUGGAACAUAAGUCACAAACCACGUCCUCUAGUGGUACACACAUGCCAAAAUCCUUAGAUCAAAUACCUGAGAGUGUUAAAGAGAAGUGUGAGUGUGACAAUAAAGUGGUACCACCUGUGCCACAACCGGGAGCACCACAAAACCCAGACCAACAAAACAAAAACCCAUCAUCACAAGGUGGUACAAGCACUGGUCCAAAUGGUGGUCCUGAUGGUGGAAGUGGUGGUCCUGGUGGACAAACCCCUGAACCAAAACCUGGUACUACACCUAGUGGUGGACCUUCUGUUCCUGGUAAUAGUGAUCCAAAUCAAGUACCUAGUGGUGGUUCUCACACUCCUGGACAAAGUUCUAAUACCAAUCAUUCUAGUGAUCCCACUAAUCAAGGUACGAGGGGACAUUCUAAUCCUACACCAAAACCUGGUCCCGUUAGUCCUUCUAGUGAGCCCAAAAAAAACACAGAUGAAUUUGCACAUUUGGAUGAUUGUCCAUUAAAUGACAAUAAUGCAUGUACCAAAAUUGGUAAUGCUGGGUGUCCACCAAAAAAACAAAAUUAUGAUCUUGAUAAAUGGGAAACGCAACAUUCGACUCAUUCAAAUUUUAAAAAUAAAAAAGUACUAGUUCCUCCUAGAAGAAAAAACAUAUGUUUUAAUUAUAUUAUUAAACGAUGGCAUACGUUAGGAAAAGAAGAACUUUUCACAAAACGUCUGCUGGACACUGCUUCAUCUGAAGCAGAAUUGUUGAGCAAGAAAUAUAAAGAAUAUAAGGAACGUGAGGUAUUGUUUGAUUCAAUGAAAUAUAGUUUUGCUGAUAUUGGGAAUAUUAUUAAAGGUGAUGAUAUUCUAGAAGAUCUUCGUACAAAGAGGGUGCAUAAAAUAUUCGAGAAGAUAUGCAAAAAUGGAAGUAAGUGUAAAAAUGGAAACACAGAUAUUGAAAAAAUAAAAAACAAACGUAAAAACUGGUGGACAAAUAACAAAACUAAAGUUUGGCAUGCUAUGUUAUGUGGAUACAAAAGAAUUGCUACAAAUGGAACAUUGGAUAACAAAUGGUGUACUGUACCUACUGAAGAUGAAACGCCUCAAUUUCUUCGUUGGUUUCAAGAAUGGACAGAAAUUUUCUGUACAAGGAAAAAAGAAUUAGAGAAUGAAGUAAAGAGUAAGUGUGAUAACUUCAAUUGUGAUAAUGGUACUGGAAAUGUUGACGAUACCUGUAAAACUGUAUGCGAAAGAUAUAAAAAUUUCAUUUUAUCAAAACAAAUCAUGUAUAAGUUACUAGAGAAACAAUAUAAUGAUAAUUAUAUAAAAAACAAUGCAGGUGGUAGAGAAGCCCCAGAUUAUUUGAAAAUUAAAUGUAAAGACGGUAAAUGCGACUGUAUCACUAAAAAUUUUAACAAUGACGAAAAUUGGAAAGAACCCUAUGAAACAUUUGAUCAUACCAAAUACAAAAGUAUAUGUGAGUGCAAAAAACCUCCAUCGUCAAGUUCUACUUCAAAUUCUACUAGUAAAAGUAGUGAUAUUUUUAGUGAUUUGUGGAAAACAAUAGCAGGGCCUGUUUUUAAUUUAGCGGAGAAAUCUGUAAAUUGGGGCAUUGGUGCAACAACAGCUACUAUUGAUGCUGCUACAAAAAUUAUUCCUGAUGCUGCAGACCUUGGAUUAAAAGCUGGAAUAGGUGCUUUAGAUAAAAUAAAAACCAUGCUUGAUGCUACUAAUCCAAAAUCAACCAAUCCACAACCUCCACCUCCACCACCCCCAGUAGCGCCCGAUGCAGGAACUGGUGGAAAACAAACCCCCCAAUCACCAAUAACCCCUCCAUCUAGUGGUGGAAUAGACCCCAAUAACCUGGUGACAUCUACCAUUCCUGCUGUUGGAAUAGGAGUUGCAUUAGGAUCUAUUGCUUUGUUAUUUUAUUUGAAGUAA